AUGGCUUUUGCUCUCUCCAACAACUUCAAGGUUGUCAUAAAUACUACUUUCCUCCUCCUCCUAUGCUUCUUCUUCACCUCCCAUAUUCGAUCUCCCACCACCUUCAUCCCUCUCUCAUCAACCAGCCAUGGUUUAGUACCAAGAGGUGCAGGCUGCUUUGGUCUUCAAAACCUAAAGGACUCUCAUUCCAAAUGCCUUUACCUCAAAACGCACCACCCUUGCAUCACUCAAGGUUAUUUAAACUACCUCAACAUCUUCUACUGCUCAUGUGGGAGGCAUCCUGCAUUAGGCUACUCACUUUUAGCCUCUUGGCUGCUGGUCCUCUUCUAUCUCUUGGGCAAUACUGCCUCUCAUUACUUCUGCUCCUCCGUUGAGAACCUCUCGAGGGUCCUUCGCCUCUCUCCCACCAUCGCUGGCGUCACCCUCCUCUCCUUGGGAAAUGGCUCGCCCGACGUGUUUGCUAGCAUUGUGUCAUUUCGCUCGGGCUCUGGUGAGGUUGGAUUAAGCAGCGUACUUGGUGGUGCAUUCUUUGUGUCAUGUGUUGUCGUUGGUGUCAUUAACCUUUGCAGUCCCUCUGCCAUCAAAAGCACUAGAGGGGCUGGAGGCGGCGUAUCUCCAUCUACCACCACUACUACUAAUGCUAUUAUCCGUGUUGAUCGAGCGAGUUUUCUUCGUGACGUGUGCUUCUUCAUCUUCGUCCUCUCGUCCCUCCUCACCAUCCUCAUCGUCGGCAAGGUGACCAUAUGGGGUUCUAUGGCCUUCACCUCCCUCUACUUUGUUUACGUCUCCAUUGUCUCUGCCACCCAUUUUUGUCGUGAGAAAUAUGAUGGCCUCAUUAUCCCCAUCCUUGACGCUGAGGAGCUCAACGAGCCGAUUACUUCCACCAAAGAGAAUAACUCUCCCUCCUCUGAGCCUGAUCCGCCUGAGAACCCAUCCAACUUCCUCCAACUAUGGAUGGCAGCCUCUCAUUAUCUUGGUUGGCUUCUCUACUUUAUUGAUCUCCCUCUCUAUCUCCCGAGAAGAUUGACCAUACCGGAUAUCUCUGAGGAACGCUGGUCGAGGCCGUUUGCGGUGGCCUCUGCCGCCUUGGCGCCGAUAUUCCUCGCUACUUUAUGGAAUUCGAAGAGAGGAGGAAUGAGCUCAAAGGAGGGUCUUACCAUUUGUCUCUAUAGUGGUUUGAUAGGAUUGGUCAUAGGUUUGAUGGCCUUGCACACAACUAUGAAGGAUAAUCCACCGAGGAAGUGCUUGUUCCCAUGGCUUGCAGGAGGUUUCUUGAUGAGUGUUCUUUGGACAUACGUCAUAGCAGAAGAGCUUGUAGGAUUGUUAGUCUCUUUGGGCUACAUAUUCGGGAUAAGCCCUUCAAUUUUAGGGUUCACUGUCCUUGCAUGGGGCAACUCCAUAGGAGAUUUGAUAGCAAAUGUGGCCAUGGCAAUGAAUGGGGGGCAAGAUGGGGCUCAGAUUGCAAUAUCUGGCUGCUAUGCUGGCCCAAUAUUCAAUACAUUAGCCGGUCUCGGGUUGUCACUGGUGGUGUCAGCUUGGGCUGUGCAUCCUGAGCCAUUUGUAAUACCUGUGGCCCCAGUAUUGUUUGAGAUUCUAGGGUUUAUGAUUGGGGGGUUGGUUUGGGCUCUAGUGAUUUUGCCAAAGAAGGAGAUGAAGCUGGAUAAGGUUUUGGGAAUUGGUCUACUGGCCAUUUAUUUGGGUUUCUUGUCUUUGAGGCUAUCACAAAGCUUGGGGCUUAUCCAGUUUUGA